GUCACUUCGUUCUCCCUCAAACAGAUCCAUUCGCACUUCGCAGCGCCGCACCACGGAAGCACGCCGGCCGGCCAGCACCACCAGCAUCCAGGCGGCGGCUAACGGCAAGCGGUGAACGUAGGCAGUUUCAGGAUGGGUACUGAGGACUCUAAAGAUAUGCUGAAGAAUGCGGACUGGAAAACAGUGAGUGGUCCAGUGAUUACUGAGUCAAGCCAGCCAAUUGUUAAGAAGCGUCUUCCAAAGAAAAUCAGACAAGUCCCCGAGUGUUACUUUCUGCCCCGGCGAUCUCUACCUUCUGCAUUGGCAAUCUAUGGUGCUGUUUGUGCCGCUGGAGUUGGUGCAGGAAUGUUGCUUGAGAUUUGGAUAAACAAAAAGAUCAAAGAGGAUGGCGGCGUUGUCUGGGAGAUGGGCAAAUGAUGCUCAUGCACCUUGAGUUGGUAACAAUCUGUUUUGGGAUACCCACUCGGCUUCAUUUAUGCUGCUUAAGCUAUACUGCAGAAAUAAGCGUAGAUUUGUUGUUUCAGACUAUCUGUUGAGAUUGUGACAAAAGCAAACAAUGUUUUCCUGUGUAAUUGUCACAACCUUGUCCCUGUGUUUCCGACUUGGUUGUACAAGCUGUGUGAUGCUUCAAACUUUAUACAGUACUCCCUCUAUAAAGAAAUAUAAGAGCGUUUAGAUCACUAAAGUAGUGGUCUAAACGCUCUUAUCUUUACGGAGGGAGUAUUAGGCAAGCAAGCUGAAAACUAGUCAUCAACUCAUCUGCAGUUGUGAUUUGUAGGCAUUACUAGUACUGCACUGGUAAGAAUAAUCUGAAACUUUGUCUGAAGGUA